AUGAAUGCCACAUCGCCCAAGUCGUCGCUGGUUAAACUGGGUCUGCACACCAGCAAACAGAAGGCCCUUAAGGUGAUGGUGCUGGGUCAGAGCGGCGUGGGAAAAACGGCCAUGGUUGUGCGUUUCAUAACACGUCGCUUUAUCGGCGAGUACGAUCCGAAUCUGGAGAAGAUCUACACCUGCCACACCACACUGGACAAGGAGCAGGUUCAAUUUGACAUUUUGGACGCCAAUGGACAGCUUCACGAGCUGGAUGGCGUUAGCUUGGAGGCUAACAUACGUUGGGCAGAUGCCUUCAUACUUAUGUAUUCCAUAACGGAUAAGUGCUCCUUCGAUGAGUGCAGUCGGCUGAAGUUUCUGAUCAACUAUAACAAACGACGGCGCAAGUUGGGCUCCACAAGCAAGGACUGCACAUUGGACAUACCCGUCAUAUUGGUGGGCAACAAGACAGAUCAGCCCGGCGAUCGCAUGGUUAGCUUAGAGGAGGGGCAGCGCAGGUUUCGAGAGCUUUCCUGCGCCUGCUUCCAUGAGAUCUCAGUGCGUGAGAGCGUCGAUCAGGUGCAGUCCGUCUUUCGUGAUGUCUUUCGGUUUUGGCGCGUCUUCACCAAAUUUCCCAAACUUAAACGUUCCACCAGCGAUGUGGCGCAUGCCACAGAUGGGGUACUGACACCAGACUCGGGCUCCUGUUCCUUCUACGACUCUGGUUCGCUGGGAAUCGGACGGCGUUCGUUCCUAGUGAUCGGUGGCACCUGUGUAGAGGAGAACAGCGAUCACACCGAGUCCACAGAUGAAAUAGCAAGCAGCAGUCUGAGCAGUUCGCGCAGCGACAUUGAAGCGCCCUUUCGAAAUCGUGCCUCCACAGAUGGCACUUUAUUGUCACGUCCAAGAAGAUGGCGUUACCCGCCGCCAGGUUGUCUAUUGCCGCACACAAAUCGGGUUGAGCGACGCAUGAGCAUCUCAACACGGGGCAGCAAUGCCAGCUAUUGAAGCAUCGGGGGGUGAUGGGAUAGUUGGAUAGAUGGGUUGGGCCAG